GGGGCUGAGCUGACAGCUGAAGAGGUCAGAACAGAUGGAGCUGAAAACCAGCAAGCUUGCCCUCUCCACCGCCUCCAAUGUCUCCAACUCCUCAGUGGGCAAUGACACAGCCACCCUGCUGCCAGAGGCCCCCUACCAGGCAGUGGAGGUGGUGUUCAUAGUCCUGGUGGCAGGGUCUCUCAGCCUGGUCACGAUUAUUGGGAACAUCCUGGUCAUGCUUUCAAUAAUACUCAACAGGAACCUGCAGACCAUAAACAACUACUUCCUCUUCAGCCUGGCAUGUGCAGACCUGAUCAUUGGGGUAAGCUCCAUGAACCUGUACACAGUCUACAUUGUGAUUGGCUACUGGCCCCUGGGACCCGUGGUGUGUGACCUAUGGCUGGCCCUGGACUAUGUGGUCAGCAACGCCUCUGUCAUGAACCUCCUCAUCAUCAGCUUCGACCGUUACUUCAGUGUCACCAAACCGCUCAGCUACCCGAUGAAAAGGACCACCAAGAUGGCGGGCAUGAUGAUCGCGGUGGCCUGGGUCCUUUCCUUCGUCCUGUGGGCACCGGCCAUCCUGUUCUGGCAAUUCAUUGUGGGUGUGCGGACUGUGCCGGAGACAGAAUGCUACAUCCAGUUCUUCUCCAACCCAACCAUCACCUUUAGUACCGCCAUCGCUGCCUUCUACCUGCCUGUCGCCAUCAUGGCGAUACUGUACUGGCAGGUCUCCAGGGCCAGCAAAAGCCGGGUUAAGACGGGCAAGUACGAGCCCUCAGGAUCAAAACAGGAGAACCCAUCCAGCACCGAGGUUGGAGACCACAUUUCCACCCCCGACGAUGACGACGAUGACGUGGAAACCCAGGGCACAGACAGGAGCCGGAAUGGCGGCGCCCCUCGCACAGUAGGCGGGGUCGGGGGCGGGCAGGAGGAGGUGGGAGGGGCUCAGAGCUCCGACUCACGCCUGAGUGACAGGAGGCCGGGGCAGCCUGGGAGAAACGGCAUCGCUAUGGCCACCCGAAACCUCGCGGUGCGCACCAUCGUCACGGUGACAAAGCAGCAGCUCAAGAAGAGCGCGGCGCAGUCGCGUGAAAAAAAGGUGACGCGCACCAUCAUGGCCAUCCUGGUCGCCUUCGUGGUCACGUGGACACCCUAUAACGUCAUGGUGCUCUUGAACACCUUCUGCUCCACCUGCAUUCCCAACGCUGUGUGGAUCCUUGGCUACUGGCUCUGCUACAUCAACAGCACCAUCAACCCUGCCUGCUACGCCCUCUGCAACGCCACCUUCAAAAAAACCUUCAAACAACUCCUGCUCUGCCAGUACAAGGACAAUCGCUUGGGUAGAUAAACAGAGAUGUGUGUGUGUUACAGGUUGUGGUAUUUUCUGUCAUUUUUCUUACAUUGAUCUAAAAAGAAAUCUAUUCUCUUGUAUCACUGUAAACAACUACAUGUACAAGCUCAAGAGCUAGAAGGACUAAAGAACAAAUACCUAUACAUGUAAUAUAAAACCACACACAUUUGUAAGCCUAAUAAUUCUCAAUUUAAAAACAAGAACAUUUACGACACAGCUGAGAUGUAAUAAGAAUCUGCGCACAUUCAUGACACACAAACAGUGCUCAGAAACAGUGCAUCAAUAAGUAGUUUAUAGUUUCAUCUGAUAUGAAUUUUCCAUUAUUGAAAAUUAUUACUAAAGUCACGUACGAUAAAUGUAACUAUUUACUGAUGCACCAGAAAGACUUUUCCAAUUAAUAUCCGUUUCCGCUCUCUAAGAAGGAACACAUGGAAAAAGAAUGAGGUCAAAGCCAGUGCGAGUGUGAAAUGUGCAUGCAUCCACGUAUAUGGGAGUGUGUACAUUAGAGUAUGCGUGCGUGUGUGUGUUUGUGUGAAUAUGACAUAUUCCAUGCGCAUGUUAAUUCAGUAUAUUCAAGAAAGUAUGAAAGAAAGAGAAUGAUUUACAAGCAUGUGUAUGUGCACGCAUGCAACUAUACAACAUGCGCAUCUUUGCUAGCCCAUAUUUAUAGGCGUGUACCAACAAGCUCACUUUUGUGGACGCGUACACGCGUAUGUCUGUCUGUGAGCAUGUCUUGGUGUUUGUAUGCAAUUUAACAUUUAUUAUUUUUUACUUUUUUCAUCAAUUUCUUUUUAAGAUGUCAAUACCAUUAUAUAAUUCAAAAUAACCAUCAAUCAUCAAUUUACAAUUUCCAUGGCACCAAGCAAUUUCACCCGCGUUGUCAAACACAUGUAAUAUUAGAUUCAUAAAAUGUAUUAUAGAUUCUAAACAUGUUGCCAUAUUCUACAGAAAAGGCUUCCAUCAAAUGAGAAAUAAAACAGAUUUGUGAAGGAUGCUGUUCCUCUGUUUUCCACUAAUUCACUCCAUGGUGUCACUGGGUUCAGUUUAACAACAUAAUUUUACCCAUUAUCAUCACUUCUCAAUUUUUACCACUGUCCUGUAAUCACACACCAAUCCCCCGUUACCACCACUCUCCUAUAACUACAGCUGCAAUAGAUUUGUCUUCAUUGUCUUCCUCUUAAUUUCCCUACCAAUUACAUCAUUGUAAAUGCCACUGUGCUGCAGUUAUUAAUCCAUACACUGGCCCAGAUCUAUCUUCUGAAACUUUACAUAAACUGGCUAUCAGUUUUGUAAAGUUAGAUAGUGAUCUUUAAUUACACAGAAUGUAGCUUUACUAAGUUUGUCAACCUACUUGACCACACUUUGAAUUUGUAAUCCAUAUGUGGUUAAUUAAAAUAAACUGACAAUUCUGAA